AUGGCAUCUGAUGACAUACGUGAUGACAGCAUCACCGCAUCCUCGUACUAUAAAGGAGACUACAGGCCCCCCCGCGCCAGGUUAUAUGGAACUGCCGGUGAAGGCGCCUGGGCAGCCAGAAAGAACAACAUCGGAGAAUGGUUGCAGGUGGACUUGGGAGGAAUGAAGAGCAUUACGGGAACCAUCAUUCAGGGCCAGGACCAUGGUGACAGCUGGGUUACAUCCUACAAACUACACUACAGUGCAGAUGGGACUAGUUCUACAACUUAUACAGACAGCGAUGGAUUGGAAAAGGUCUUUGUUGGCAACACUGACACGAACACUCCUGUGACCAACCUACUGGAGUACCCCAUUGAUGCCCGUUAUGUGCGUUUCGUUGUUCAGUCCUGGCAUAGGUGGAUCGGAAUGAGGGCAGAGAUUCUAGGCUGUGCACUACGCGUAGUCGACAAGAGAAUCGUGUCCUAA